UUUUGCGUCAGUGUGUGCGUUGCGUCAGUCGUGAACAGUCGUGAACGGUCGCGCUGUCUGUGGUCGCAUCUACGAGGUGUCAUCAUUCUGUUUGUGUCUGAAAAGUGAAGCCACAGUUUUGUGUUGAUCUUUGCCAUAACCAAGCAAUAAUUGUGUGUGUUUAUUACGAACUUUAUUCUAAUUACUGUGAUAACGUUGAAUCGAACUUGUGUUUCGUGAAUCACAAUGGCAGUAUCGAAAUCAACUAACACUUACAAUCGUCAGAAUUGGGAAGAUUCCGAUUUUCCCAUUUUGUGCCAGACCUGUCUUGGAGAUAACCCCUAUAUUCGAAUGACAAAAGAAAAAUAUGGCAAGGAGUGUAAGAUAUGUGCACGUCCCUUCACUGUAUUCCGCUGGUGCCCUGGAGCGAGGAUGCGUUUCAAGAAGACUGAAAUCUGCCAAACAUGCUCAAAACUGAAGAAUGUCUGUCAAACUUGUCUUCUAGACCUUGAGUAUGGGCUUCCAAUCCAAGUGCGAGAUGCAGCACUCAAAAUCCAAGAUGAUCUUCCACGGAAUGAAGUGAAUAAGGAGUAUUACAUCCAGAACUUAGAUAGUCAGAUGUCUAAGUUUGAUUCUACACAACCCAGCAACUCUGCUCUCAAGUCUAAGGGAGCAUCGGACUUGUUGUUGCGCUUAGCGAGGACUGCCCCAUACUACAAGAGAAACAGACCCCAUGUGUGUUCAUUCUGGGUGAAAGGAGAAUGCAGGAGAGGCGAAGAGUGCCCAUACAGACACGAGAAGCCAACAGAUCCUGAUGAUCCUCUUGCCGACCAAAAUAUCAAAGACAGAUACUACGGUGUGAAUGAUCCUGUAGCAGAGAAGCUAAUGCGUAGAGCAGCUGCCAUGCCAGCGUUGCCUCCGCCAGAAGACAGAACCGUCACUACCCUCUACAUUGGCAACUUACCUGAUAACAUCACUGAAGAGGAGCUCCGAGGACAUUUCUACCAAUAUGGAGAAAUUAGAUCACUGACCUUGGUGCCGAGGGCGCAAUGUGCGUUCGUCCAGUACACAACAAGAAGCGCUGCAGAGCAUGCUGCUGAGAAGACUUUCAACCGACUUGUUAUUGGAGGAAAACGCCUUACCAUCAAAUGGGGCAAAUCACAAGGACGGCAAGGCAUCAACGAUAAGAACGAGCCAGCACCAGUUUUGGAGCCUGUUCCUGGACUACCAGGGACUCUGCCACCACCGCCGGCGUUCCUACAUCCAUUCCCGCCACAGAUGCCACCUCCGCCGAAUCGUCCGAACGACUUCUUCAAUCUGCACCACUACGGCGGGCCGGCCGCUUGGGGUGGUUGGGCGGGUGGUGUUCCGCCACCAGCGCCGCCACCACCUGCACCUCUUCCGUUGCACUACCCUAGCCAGGAUCCCGCUCGGUUGGGCGCCCACGCUCACGCAAAUACACCCCAGACCUAGUGCAUCGCCGGGCGGUCGACGAGCCGGCACCCGAGCGGCUGACCGAAACCCGCCACGGCUUUCUUCGGGCCGAUCGACGAUUAUCGCUCCAAUGGCUCACCGUUGUCGGCGACGAUGGGAACGAAAGUCGCAUGUUGUGACACAUCUUUGGCACCGGAGGUAUCUCCAUAGUCAGACUCAACGCCGCAAAUUGUAAUCUAGUUUAGUUUGGCUUUGCCAUUCUUUAUUUUUUUGUUAGAUAUAAGUUUUAAUGAAUUUAAUAUUGUGUUCGAUGUUUGAUUUGUAUAUUGUAAAAUUAUGAACUAUGACUCCAAAAUAUUGUGGAUAAUAGUUACCAACAUUUUGUAACAGUACUUAUGUAUUAU